AUGAAAACCGAUUCUACAAUAAAACAACGUUACAAAUCACGCAGACGUCGUCAGCCUCAAGGAACGACAUCUCGUUCACAAUAUGUCUAUGGGCUUUCUGUUAGAUCUGGUUCCUUAAUCUUAUUUGCAUAUGGAGCUCAUUUACAAUAUCGUGCACCAAAAUUACUUGAUCGUAUUCUAGACGAGUUUUUUGUUGAUGCUAAUGAUUCUCAAAAUGCUGGACCUAAUAUUAAUAAUAGGGUUUCACCGGUUUCACGCCAAGCAAAUUCACGGUGGCCAACUUAUUGGUCAGUUUUAUACUCACUCGACAAAGCACCUAAUUUAGACCCCCCGGUUAAUAACAUUAAUACACCAGGGAUAAGUUCUUGUUGUAAUGAAUGUUAUUUUCAACCACAUCAGAAUAUGUCAUGUUAUAAGUGCGCGUCUGCUCAAUAUCAAGGUUCAGAAUCAAUGACGAACCCAAAUCCUAAAUUACAAUUUCUUCAAAGAUAUGCAUCAAGAAUGAAUGCAAAAUUUGCUGGUCGCUCUGGAAGAUCAGUGUCAGGUGAAAAAUCACAUAAUAAUGGACGCCGUAAUGAAUGGCUCAUUACUGAUGUGAGACUUAAAAAAACGUACAAUAUGUUGAUCAUGCAAAACAUUCGGUAUGGAGACAUCUCUCUUUUAAGAUUUUAUCUUGACAAAUAUGGUGCGCCGAUCAACGCGCAAGUGACAUUUUCACAAGAGGAGCAAGUAUAUCUUGGGGCGGACAGCGAAUUAAUGAAAUUGUUAGAUGAAUACCGCAUACGCGUUGUUCUGACCCCUUGA